GGUCCGUAUCGCAGUUCAUCCUGGGUACGAUCAUAGUUAUUUCCCUGAUGCGUCUGAGUACGAUGUGGCUGUCUUAACUGUAGCAAAUAAUGCCUUCAGUGGAAAGCCAAACAUGGCUUCGUUAAUACUGCAAACUUCUGAACAGCCGAUCGGUACUAGAUGCUUUGUGGCUGGAUGGGGCCGCACAGGUAAUAAUGAACCAGCGUCUUUAAAUCAAUUGCGUUAUGCCGAAAUGACCAUUGUGGAUCAGAGCACUUGUGCAAGAGCUUGGGCAACAUACCCAAGACAGCGUGUUACAUCCAAUAUGAUCUGUGCCAAGUACGGAAAUGGCGUGGACACGUGCAAGGGUGACAGCGGUGGUGCAUUGGUGUGCGGAGGUGGAUUGGCUGGAGUUGUGUCGUUUACUAAUCUUGAAUGUACUAGCGCAUGGCCAGCAGGAUUUUCAAAAAUUUCUGCACCAAGUAUUCGUAGGUUUAUUAGUACCGAGGCUGGCAUUUAGAGAAUGGGUAUAUAUUUUCUUUAUUUGUUUAAUGAAAUUAUACGUAUGUCACCAGUAAUAAACGGACAAGUAGUGUUCUGAUGGAUAUGACGGAAUUGAGGAGUUUAUUUAUUUUUAACGAUAUUGGGAAGGGGGAGAGGAAUUUAUCUAAGUUUAGUGCAUAUGCAUUUUUUUGUAACACUGCUUUUAUAAGACUACACAAAUUGAGCUAAAAUACUUAGGCUAUCUGCUACGUUGAAUUCCCACUUUAUUUCCUACCCUAAUUCCUCAUAUUCCUACACUGCACAUGUAUUGCCAGGUCGUUUCAAAUUUGUAACAGUUCAGUUACAGGUACAGUUCCAGGAACGGAAUAAAAUCGGGAGCUAUUACAAGACCUGUGUGCA